AUGAUACAGGAUCAAUACGAUCAGGAGAGGACUGCGAAACUGCUGUUGUAUAGAUACCUGGAUGCACUGGAUAAGGAGACAGGAUCAUUGAACAACCUGUUGAUGCUUGCUGUCAAGCACCAGAAUCGUCAGAUAUUCCAAGUGCUCUUUGAUUACAACAUCAAGAUGAACAAUGAACAUCACAACGUUCUGACGACCGAUGCACUCAAUGCAACGUUGGCCAGCAAUGACACCGAGUUCCUCUCCUAUGUUCUGAUCAACUGCACCUGUGAUCGCGUUGCACGGGGCAAGUAUCUCAUCGAUAUCACCAAAAUCAAAUGGAGUACACUGGUCGACUUCAAGAUGUUCAACUGCCUAAUGGGCCACAUCCACCUGUUCCACUUCUCGUCCCUUGAUAUCAUCCACUGGGAAAUAUCGAAACAGUUCAUCAAGUCGAUUAGCUCGACCGAGAGUGCACUGGAGUUCAUCACCUCUGUUGGGCUGCUCUUCCACUGCAUCGAUCACACAAAUGUCAUCCAGAUCGUACAGUCAACAUUGCUGCACUAUUUCAGUAUGGAUCUGCUCGAGAGCAUCAAUCGAACAAUGCCAGAGCUCCUUCAAGAUGGCAGUCUCGCACCCGUUGUCUGUCGCUCCCUUACCAACUACCUCACCUUUGUGGCAUUGAAGAGGAAGGUAGAUAAUGUUGGCAUUAGCACCAAGGACAUUGUCGUCAAUGCCGUGAUCAAUGGAGACUUUCAACUGGUGCAAUACGUCCACGCCGAGUGUGUACAACUGGGAACACCGUUCAUCGUUGGAAUGGUUGCGAUUACAGAAGCUUUGUCACAAGGCAAUUUAGAUAUAGUCUUGUACCUAUUGGAUCACUGUGAUGAUACCAACGAGAGAGAGUGUUGGGUCCACACGAUUGACCAGUCGAUACAAUCGAUCGAGCUCAUACAACGCCUGAUCUCUCAUCCAAACAUCAAAUUUGCAUUAGAUGGAAGGUCAUUGCUCAAAGCACUGAUUCAGUCUGGUCGCAUUGAGAUGUUUCAACUCUUGGACAACCAUUUAUGUCAGCAACAGCAACUAACAUGUGUCGAAUGUGAUCAAAUUCUCAGUGCUGUCAUCUCAUCAACAUUACUUUCUCCUAAUGCUACUGCAUCGAUGGCGCGCAACUUUAUCGCUAAUCAUCCAAAUGCAUUUGCCAUCGAUAACGAUUUCAGAGAUUGCUCAUUUCAGUACCUGCUCAACGAUGAAGUCAGAGCAUUCAUCAUUGAAAGCGUGCCAGCGCAACAUCGCCCCUUCACUUUGGACGACUUGGCAACAUGUAUAUGGAAUAUGGGCCAUGAGCAUAAGGACGCCUUGGAUUUGCUUCAAGGACUCCUGGACAGCGACAUCAUCAAUCCUGUAUACCGAUCAAAUAUACGUGUCUAUCCAAUCGACACGGCUAUCACAAACAAUUAUUUUGAGAUGGUUCAGCCACUGUGCAACAAGUACCCCCAAAUAUGCCUCUACACUUGGGAUGUCUUCCCCGAUUUGGCUAUGCAUGGCAAGAUCGAGAUACUCCAACUUCUCCUUAAUCACAAACCGCAGCACGUCCCAUCGCACACGAUGUCAUUUGGGUACAAACACUUGGAUAUUAUUCGUCUUCUCCUCAAUCAGCCAUUUGUGUCCUCGUCUGAAGUCUCACAAACAAUAAUCAAAGCGUCAACCGAAGGAGUCCUGGAGACAGUGGAGUAUCUGACAACACACCGAACAGAUGCCAACACCACCGAAGCAAUGGAAAAAUCAGCUUCCAAUGGACAUUUGAAUGUUGUCACCUACUUAUAUCACAAUCGAACUGAAUGCUGCACAUUCGAAGCCUACUCUGGUGCGGCCACUGGUUCUCAUAUACAGGUCUUUGAGUUCCUACUCUCGAUUGGUCAAAUUGAACAUCACUGCACACCCAAUAACAUUGCAAACCUAAUCAUUGAUUUAUUAUUCUCUGGCAGUCACGAUAUUCUUUACUUGAUCAUCCAAUAUGAGCGACAGUUUGCAGCUGGAACAGAGCAGACGAGAUGGGAGGAGAUCCAUCAGAGUCUAGUGGGUGGCAGCCACACUCAUAUUCUCAAGUCCUUGGCCAAGUGCGUCCAAAACAACUGCCAUGGACAACUUCAUCUGGUGGCACACUACUCAACAACCAGAUCUGAUUGGCCAGUAGGUCACUAUACUCGCGCUACUGUACUAAGUUUACAAAGCGACAUUUAUCAAUAA